CUGAUGUCAUAAUUUAUGGAGGAUGCUUUGGAAAUAGAAGAACAAAGGAGGAAGGACAAACAAGGACGCCAGCUCAUGCUGGCUUCUUCUCCAGCCAUACAUGUAUGUGGGAAGGUCUGCCAUCAACAUCUGGAUGGGCGUGGGUUUCCAUGGUUUUUGCCCGGUUUCCUCCCACCUUAAUGCUGGCCGCUGUUGUGCAGAUGUGGAGAGACGUCAUCUGACCUUUGACCCCAAGCAAGAGCCUUUGUCAUCAAGCUGUCAGACAGCAAAAGUGGGAAUCUCCCAAACUGCCAUUCUGUGGAAGCAGCCAAGCGUGACGGUUGUAUUCUGACACAUAGCACAGUGGCGUGUGCAGUACAGUGCCUGUCUGCAGACUACGCUACAUGUAUUCUCUGUCAACUCAGUCAGAUGGAAACCAGGGUUGAUUGGAAGCUGUGAACUGAAGUGAACAGACGUGAACAGAAGUGAUCGUGGUUUGAUGGUGUGGAGCUGAUAACCCCAUGGAUUUCCACUGGUCAGGAAUAGACAUUCCCGGACACGUCUCCCCAUGGACAGGAAUGGGCUUACAGUCUCUAUGUAUGCUGGUACCUGCAAACAGCUAAAGAUAUGAUGAGUUCAACACUGGUGGAAACGGUUUCCAUCAACUAUGAAGACUUUAACGACAGUUUCCUGACAUGCGGUACGUGUCUGUGUAUAUACGACGGGCAGGAGCAUGCUCCUAAGCUCCUGCCUUGCUCUCACACCGUCUGUCGCAGCUGCUUAGAGAGGAUCGCAGAGGCACAGGUACACGACACAGGAACAUUUCGAUGCCCGAUUUGUCGUGAGACAAUCGCCUUCCCACGUGGCGGUGUGACGUCAUUUCCUCCCAGUUUCUUAGUUAACCAGCUGCUUGAUCUCAUGUCCCGACAACGGCGAGAAGUGAUCCCAAAAUGCUCCCACCACACUGGAGAAGAGCUGCUGUUUUGUGAGACAUGUGACCGUGUUUUUUGCACACAGUGCACAGGUGGAGAACACAGUGGACGUGGAGCUAGUGAGCACACUGUCAUCCCUUUCUCCAUUGCUAUUAAGAGGAUGUCAGAAAUCCUACUGUACAAAGCACACUUAUGCAUCAAAAAUUUGAACAAUGCUUAUGACACAGUGUCUACAGAGUUGUCUCGGCUAGAGACAACUGUAGAACGGACGAUUGAGUCAAUAAACCGAUCGUUUCAGGAUCUGAUCUGUGUGGUGGAAAAGCGUCGGCACGAGUGCUUGCAGCUAGUGAGGAAGAUUCGUGAGGAGAAGAAGACCGCACUGCGGGAGCAGAUGGACUUGAUUCAGAGUGAGAAAGAGAAGGUACAGGGAGAGUGUGACGGCCUCCAGUAUCAGGUGGAGGUCCGCAACAUCACGCGCAAAAUCGGUGAUCUCAAUGAGAAGUUGGAUGCAACCAGCACUCUGGCCGAACCCAGGGAAAACUCAUUCCUGUGUUAUGAAUACAAACACAACAGUGCUUACCGUGACGUUCUCAACGCCGUGUCCAGGUUUGGUGGAAUUAAGGUCAGCACAACCUUCCCAGCUCUCUCCACAGCUUGUGUGGGCAAGGCAAUUACCCACCUGCAAUCCACGAUCACGGUGACAACAGUGGAUUACCAUGGCAACACACGGACAACGGGUGGUGACCCUGUCACCACCUCACUUCAGACGGAGUCUGGGGAUUACAUUGAUACCAAAGUUACGGACAAUGAUGAUGGCACCUACACUGUCACAUAUGUCCCAACCAAAGCUGGCACCUGCAACAUGUCCAUCAAAAUAUUUCAGAGAGCAAUAAAAGACAGUCCCUUUAUGAUAGAUGUUACUGAGCAUAACAACCCUGUUUGGAAGUUUGGGAGCCGGGGUACUGGGGAGACACAGUUCCUACAGCCUGUUCGAGUGGCGCUAACGCGCAAUGGGUCGCUGUGUGUGCUGGACACUGGCAACAGUCGCAUCAAACUCAUUGGAAGCAAUGGGCUUUUCAGUAGCCACAUAGGCCCAGCUGGUUUAGAAAGUCAGAGUGGCACAGGGCUGGCCUUGACACCCGAUGACAAGAUUGUGGUGGUCAAUUGGAGAACUAAGACCAUCUCAGUGAUUGAUCUGGAUGGUACCCUUAUCAACAGUUUCACGUCAGAUAGUUUCGUCGAACCAAUCGAUGUGGCUGUGAACAGCAAAGGGGAGUUUAUUGUGGCUGACAACGGUGCUGGUAAGGUGUUUAUGUUUGAUGAGAUGGGCAAACUGUCAGUCACAUUUGGGGCCAAAGGUGACAAGGAGGGUCAGUUUAAACUAAUGACUGCUGUCACUGUGGGAAAGUGUGACGAAAUUCUUGUGGCUGACCAUAGGAUUCAGAUCUUCAGCAAAGAGGGAAAGUUUUCCCGCCAAAUUCCCAUCUCAGGGAAGGGCCAGUAUGGUGGUGUUUGCGUUGAUGCAAAUGGAUACAUAUUGGCAACCCGGAGUGAGCGAGGAAAGAGUUUUGUGCAAGUUUACAACUCCAGUGGCAAGUCUUUGUUUAGUAUUGACAGUUUCGAGGACAAACUGAAGAGACCGUGUGGUUUAGCACUAACUGCUGAUAACCAUGUGUAUGUCGUGGAUCUUGGCAAUGAGUGCAUCAAAAAAUACCGCUACAAGUGAUCUGGAGUACAACAUGCCUGCAUUAUGAGGAACUGAACAGAUGCCAGUCAUGAUCUGAUAAGUCACUUCCACCAAAGGGAGACAACAGUGGAUGAUUGGGAUGAAAGAGUGCUGCCCCCUACAUGAGUCUGCUUGGGGGCUCAUAGAAGAUUGUAUACAGAGACAGCAUUGAAGUGCACAAGAGUGUUGUCUUAUGAGAUGAAAACAUGCAUUCUUUGUGUCCUUGCUUGGACAUGUACAUCUGCAGAAAACAUCUCCUUUAUUCACACUUUUCAAGACGGAGAAUACUGAGGUUGAUGUCAUCCAAAGGAUGAUAAAAUUUCAUUAGCCAGAUAAGGAAGCUAAUAAGUAAUGCUCUCCUAAGACAAACUGAAAUAACUGUGAAAUACUUCUUAUAGACGUAAAAUAUUGAAUAUGGAACUUCCAUUGUACAUAGUUGUGUUCAGAGCUGGUUCCUGCCAAAACAGCUUAUGUAUGUGAUACACACAAUCAUAAUAGGUUCAGUGACAUUAGGUAUGAUCAAACAGCCAAAUGAACAAACAGUCCUGCGGUUAUAGUCACAUAAUCAUGAGAGUAAUAAUCAUUUGAAAAAUAGAAUUUUUAAAUCUAAAUUUGUUUUGAUCCGAUUUGGAGUCAUGAAUUAUGGACCAUGAUGAUGAAUGAACAAUUGUCUAUGGUGAAACAGAUAUUUAUUUCUAAUAGGUCCUUAUUUGAUCUCCGCUGCAUCUUUGAAAUUCAAAUUCAAAAAUGAUUAAAGUUUUCGUAAGAUGUUAAAGAUUUCCUAGUGACAUGAAGAGAAACAAACUUAUUUGAAAGAUCUCUGGAUAUGAGGUGUGUUUGACUUACUUUAAAGAACAUUUAGCUCCUAGGUACACUUCCCGAAUUUGUGAACAUGUGGUGUGAACUAUUGACUGGCCCUCACGCAAAAAAGAUCGAUUGGUCGGUGCAGUGAUAACUUGCAAGCCAAAUUAAAAUUAUAAGUGUUACGCUUAACGAUCUAUGACUCACAUAUCCGACAUUUCAGGGCUGAAGACAUUUUGUUGAACUGUGAAUCGGUUUUGUUUAUCACCUUUCCUGUCACAUAUAUGCACAUGAACACACCUGGUUAACUCUUUUUCUCACACAGACCUGACUAUUUUUCUCUCUCCACCGUCGUAAAGUGAUUGGGCAGACUUAUUCGCAUGGAUCUAGUUAAUACGAAAACACAGAAACUGGAAUGGAUCUGUUUGAUGCUUCUCAAAUUUUAUUUGUACUUUGUACAGCAUACAUUAACAUUUAACUGUACACAUUUGUGGCUUUUAAAGUUGGAAAACUGGUGAAGUCCAUUGAAAUGGAAGUGUUUUUUAAUUUGAAUGAAUGUACACAACAUACCAAAGACACAUCACCUAUUUAAAUGUAUAUGCAUUUUGUAGAAAGAAAGCAGAUGUUCAGGGCACCAUCUGGGACUAGCAUUAUCUUGGUGUUAAUCACAAAUGAAAAAUUAUACAUUAUCUUGGUGAUGUCAUGCUUCAUAUUAAAUGAACAUUCAGUGUCCUACAUGUAGAAACAUCUUGCACUCAUCCACCACCUAGUUAGGCAUAUGUUGUCAUCACAAACAUAGAACAGUUUUGUAACUUUGUAUACAUGCAAAGAAAGGUUAAUGUAUGUAGUUUUGCAUGGACCAUGUAAACCAACUGUGUCUACAACUCUCUCUAUCCGGUGUUGCUAGUGCCUACUCUACCUGUAUGUGAUUAGCAAACUCUACCUCGUUAAGACAUCGUUUAGAAAUGUACAGGUACAUGUUGUCUGUGGUGUGUCAUGUCAUUUAAGCCUCUGUGUUUAUACGAGUUUGUAGGUCUUGCAAAAUUGUUCAUCAGAAUACAGUUGUUCCCUGGGAGCUGUGUGCAAGCUCAUUUCAACCAUUUUUAUGAAUUUUGUUACAGCUUCUUUAUGAAUCUGUAUUGACUAAGAAAAAUAUCAAAACUUACUACUUUAGGAACUGUUCAGUGAGAGAGGAUGUGAUCCGGGUAUGUUGCUGGGUAAAACAGGCCUCAGGAGGUCUAUUUAUAUCCUCCACACUGUCACUUGAUGCACGCCUGCAGGUGGUGCAAACUUUUUUAUGGAUGAAGAUAGAAAAAGUCCAACUGUACCAUGUGACAUGUCAGAAAUGUUGGAUAACAUUUUCUGACAAGAGUUUGAUAAAAAGUAAUUUAGAGUACAUGAAUAAUGGAGAAAACUGAGGAGCUGAACAUUUGUGAACUUUAGACGUUACUAUAGGAUAGAGGUGUCAGUUGUGCCUAUGGAAAAGGUUGAUAAAGGUGUUCGGUAAAGUAAUGUCAACAAAGGUUGCCUAACAUUUUUCACAAGUCACAUGAUACAGUAGGACUGUUUUUACCUUUGAAGACAAAAGAGUUCCAGCUCGUUAAUCCAAUUCGUGUAAUAAUAACAUCAGUGUAGGGUGGGGGACAAUUUACAAAUCUCUGCUGCUAGUUGCCAAUGUUCCAUGUAUAUAUAACAAUGGUGUGUUAGAACUGCUUUUCGUGAUUGCCAUGUUGUUAUGCCAUAGAAUUUGUAUGCCAUGUAUAGAUGAUAAGAGUCAUGUAAAUGGCAGUUAGGCGAGAGUAGAAGGCAUGUAUGCUUUAGAUGAUACAGUUUGCUGUUUGUCUUAAUACUAACAUUAUCAAGUCUUUGAAGCCGACUUCACUCCAUUUGAUAUCAGCACCAAUUCUUUAUUUAUUGAAUAUUUUAAAUUAUUGAAUGAUUGAAUUAAUUACUGAAGAUUAACAAUCUGUGCAUGUAUCAGUGCGAAAACCAGGAAAUGUUCACCUUUUUGGUUGUGUGUUGUGGAUUUCUUUUUUCUUCUUUUCUUUUCCCUUCUUUCAAAUUUGGCAUUUUAUGACUGUGCUAUUCCUAUUAGUAUUAGUUCAAGCUGUGUAAAUUCUCCUCAGCCUAAAAAGAAACUGAUGUUGUCACAUAUAUUAAAUGGAUGUGAUGAUUUCUUGAUAAUGGUACGUCAAACAGUCUAGGAAACAUGUAAACUUUGCUUUUAUCUAUAAACUGAAUGUUGGCAGAUCCCACAAAACUGAUUCAUUGAUCUAGGCAGUAAGGAAAAACAAUGCACUUCUGUCCCUAAUGCAUCCUCUGUUGUGAAUGAUGCUUUAUUUCACAUUCAUAUUUCUUUAUCAGGGUAAUCAAAAUUACAUUUAUUAUAGUAAUUUGUUUUUCUCCUUGCAUUGGUUUGUAUCAAACUGUAUGGCAGACUAUGUCUUUUGUAGAGGUAUGACUGAGAACAGGCUGGAAGUGGAGAAUGACAUGGGCAGAAAAUACAAAUUAUUGCUACUUUAUUGUAAAUGUAGCAAUUUGUGUUAAUAUUACUAUCCAGUUAUCUCCCUUAAGGCCAUUGUCUUUCACGAAUUUCUUUUAUUACACAGUGUACAGAUACUAAAGCAUGGUAAUUACUUGUAAGAUAGAUGAUGCCUUUAGCAUGAAAUAAAAACAAGCAUGAUUUCUUUAGCAUUCGGUGCCUAUAAUCAGCAACCUCAUAAGCAUAUUGUCAAGUACAUUGCAUGUAAUGUAUUGUUAAUAAGAAUGUCGCAAUAUGUUUCUUUUAUCAACAUGUUUGAAAGAAAGUGGUUUGUAGGACAUGUAUUUAAACAUUCAUUUCAAUCCUGUAAUUGUUUUGACACUAAGUGUCAAUUAUAGCUAUCUAAGGAUUGUCUAUUGGUCUUGUCAGGAGGAGCAUCCAGUUUUCAGUGUAGCCUAAUCAUGUUGUAUAGUACAAUGAAAACUAUGCCAUAUGUCAGUUUGUCAAGUCUGCUCUAUUAUUGUUUUCAUCCUUUUUUUUUUUUUUAUAUGUGUUUAAUUUAUAUAGAUUAUAAUGGUUUGGACAGCAUAAAUGAUACAUUACCAGGAAAAUUAUAUAUUAAGUACGGUACAAAUUUGUGAUUAUAUAUCAAUAUUUAUUUAAGGUGUUUCAUAUUUUGUUUGGAGAUAUGACGUGGUGCAUUCGGUAUGCAGGAGUGACUUAGAGUUUCCAAAUGUUUUUGCAACAGUAUGGUUGAAUCAGCUUGCUCGUUUGUGGUUUUGUUUUUAGAGUACAAAUAUAGUGCCAGCUGCACAAUCGGAUCUCUUAUUUAUAACGGAAGCACGAAGUGGUUUACGGUUUA